AUGGCGGACGUGCGAUCGCUCCUCCGGAAUGAGCUAGCUUCGCGUAAGGGCGCGUCGCAACCAAAUACCACUGGCAACCGCAUCAGCAAAAAGCGCAAGGUCGAUAACGGUGAUGGAGUGAUGCGGAAAAAACUGCGAUCAACCGAUCUCGAAGCCGUCCAUGCUGCUGCAAAUGCGCAAGACUCUCAACCGCCUGUCGAGACCACUGCCGAGGAUGAGGUUCUGGAACCUGUGGAGGAAACCGACGAAGCCGGCCCCGAGCUACCUGCUGAGGAAGAUGAAGAGACAUCAGCCCUUUCCGAUUCAUUAGGGUCCGUACCGAUCGGCACGGGUCCACCGCCAGGUGCACAACAGGCCGUUGACGAGGACGAAUGGGCCGCAUUCGAACGAGAAGUAGCCGCGCCAUCCCGAAUGCCACAAGCACCGAUCGCCAUCACAGCCGAAGCCACAAUAUCAGCCGCCCCUGUCUCCGCCGAGGAUCUUGCGGCACAACAAGAGCGAGACAAAGCGUUGACGACACGGGCGCGUGAGGCGGAGUUGGAGGGCGACCGCGAGGAUGCAGCCCGUUUCAUGGAAGAAGAAUUCGACGAGAUGGACCAGUUGGAAGAACGCGUUCGAAGACUGAAGCAGAUGCGGGAGGAGUUACGCCAAAAGCGUGUUGAUGACGAUGCUGCUCGGGAUGAGUCCAUAGAUUUGGAAGAGCAAAAGCCGGCAGAAAGCGACAGUGACGAUGAUGAUGAGGAUUGGGAUGAUUGGCGAUUUAAAUGA